AUGAGAAGGAACUACUUAAAGACUUGGAAAAGCACCUGAAGUGGCUCCUUGUGAAGUUUUGAGAGAUCGCCAAGAUUGUGUAGCAGCGUUAGCAAAUCAAACCGUGGGUUAUAUUGAAAAGUUAUAAACAUAAAACAGUCUAACAUUCUUUAAUCAUUUAACAUUCAUACUUUUUCAAUGAUGAAUUAUUCUUAAAUGUGCAAAAAUGUAAAGACUGAGUUGGUGUUAAACUCCUGACUUGAACUUGCUCUGUACAUCAUGACAAUUUUCUUGUUUUCUUAUUAAGCAGACUUUUUAAUCCACAUGUAAUCUAGAGCCAAGGGUAUGUUCCUUCCAGAAAUAUCCCUUUGGUUUCCCAGAUCCCUGCGGGCUGCAUAAGAAGAGAUGUUGUCCAAAAAGGUGAUAUGAGGCAAAUGCAAUUAACUGUUCCGUUCUUUCUGUCUUUCUUUUUGUGCACUCUCUUUUCAUGUCAGAGGGGAUUACAGUCAGGGUGGGGGAAGACCAAACCUCUUGUUUUUGUGUGUAUUGGAACGAGUACAAGCAAAAGCCUGGAACAGGAUCUCGGUGGGCUUAAAGCCCAAGCUGUCUGACCCUCAUGCAUUCACCGAGCACAAAAGUUCAGCCGACCACACAGACAGAGAGGAGAGAUGUAGAAGGGUGGGAAGAAGCUGAAGUCUAGUCCUAUAUGAAGUUUGGUGUGAUGCCAAGUCUAAACAUGUUCUUCGGUAUCUUCAACUCUGACAUCAAACAGAUAUUUAUUUUUAUGCCUCAAAAUUUUUUAAUUAUAGUAACACAGAGGUUGAAGCCUAUUGUGAUGCCAAAGUCAGAUUCCCUUUAUUAAAAAAUUUAUAAAUAAAAAAUGUAUUACUUAAAAGAUGCAUGACCUGACUGUUCAAAGAUUUACUCAGAAAUGUAUCUACAAUGUUUCCUCUAUUUUGUCAUAUGAAAACUUUCUUGCAGAAUAUGCAUAUAAAAAUAGUGAUAUAUGUCCAUCAGAGUCUCAGUAUUUAGGAUUGGACAGCCCAUGAACUAUAAAUUAAUAUAUAUCACCAAAUAAUUAACUUUUUUUUAUUAAAUAAAAAAAAAAUUCUCCAUCAUUGUAAAGCAACAGUAAAAUUUCUUGGAGGCAAUAUAAAAUCCUUACAUAAUCCAAAAGCAACAGAGAAUCGUUCUUUGCUUGGCCGGUUGAACUCCCCGUCGGUUCUUUAUUUCACGGGAUAGAAGAGCACUUGGUGAGAAAAGUACAUGCCUGUGCACUGAUUGCAAUGUCCAGCCUAGCAUACGUGCCUUAUGAAGUGCUGCAGAGAAAUUGCGUUUUAAGGUUGAACGCACCUCUCCUAUUAUCACGUCUUUCUGCUCCUCUGCUGGUAAAGCUCAAUUUGUUAAAGAACAAACUAUUCCAUGAAUUUAGUAUAUGCAUCCUAAAGCAUAUACGUGAAUGUAUUACAAAAAUUGUUAAUUAUAAGGGGGUAAACUGCAGUUGAGGAGAAACUUCAGCGCGCUUCCGUUGACCGCUCUGCGCUCGCUGGAUUUAGAUGCAUCCGCGCGCUACCAUUGUCACCGGUUCUUCUCACGACUGCGGAAAGUGAAAUGGACGAAUUUAAAGAAAACGGGGCUAUAGGAAGGCAGUCCGGUCAGUGGUCUCUCCACCUUCGAGGUGUGGUCUCUUUCCAGAAACUUUCAAAACUAGGCGGCGCGUGAUGCUGCGCUCGAGAAGGUAUUCAGCAGAGAAGCGCAUGAGACUGGCCUGGUCUUCCAGGCACGAGCGGUUCAGCGCACCGCGCUCUCAAAGCAAGAGCAACAUCCACCUGCCGUCUGUGUGCCAAGUAAAGUCAGGUUAAGAUCAGUGCUGAGAAUGGGUGCUGUAAAGGGUGAGGGUGCUUUAGAUGGUGGAUGGGGAUGGAUUAUUGUGUUGGCCUCUUUCAUGGCCCAGUUCCUAUCCUUUGGAUCUCCCCAGUCUGUCGGUGUGUUGUACCCUGAGUGGCUCAGUGCCUUCCAGGAGGGAAAAGGCAUGACGGCUUGGGUCGGAUCCAUGGUGUCUGGUGUGGCGUUCAUCACCAGCCCAGUGUGCAAUGCUUGUGUGGAUAAUUUUGGUGCACGGCCGGUAACUGUCUUCAGUGGUCUGAUGGUGGCCGGAGGUCUGAUGCUGAGUGCUUUCGCUCCGAACAUCUCUUUCCUCAUCUUCUCCUAUGGCAUUGUCGUCGGUAUUGGCUGUGGACUUGUCUAUGCUGCCACCCUGACCAUAACCUGCCAGUACUUUGACAAGAGGCGUGGCCUAGCACUGGGCAUUGUCACCACAGGUACAAGUGUGGGCGGGUUCAUUUACGCCACACUCCAGAAUGAGCUCAUUGAGUUGUUUGGACUGGAGGGCUGCCUGCUUAUCGUUGGAGCACUGGCGCUCAACCUGAUGGCAUGUGCUGGGCCAAUGCGACCUAUGAACUUACCUGGAUACUACCUAAAGCAGAGAGCUGCUCUACAGCGUACAGAAGAACCAGAACCACUCUACACCAAACCUACUGCCAUUAUCAUUGACUCUGAUCUCAAAGCCACAUCCGGCUCAGCCGAUAACACAGUCAACAUUAAGCUUUUGAUCAUCAAGGAACCCACCCAACUGCAAGAGAGUGAAGGGGAAAGAAAAGGUGGGAUAUUGACUUGUUCAGUAGUAGCACGGGCUAUCAAAAAGCAAAUGCGCCCCUAUAGACAGUACCUUUGCAAGACUAUAGAGCUCCUGCAGGACCGUGUCUUCAUGGCUUUCUGUAUCGCCAUAUUCUUGUUCAGCUUGGGGGCGUUCCCCCCUGUACUCUUCAUGGAGGAUGUAGCCCAGAGCGAGGGGCUUAUCGAUGGGAUUGCACUAAUACCACUCGUCUCCAUUGUUGCCAUGACAACAGGCAUCGGUAAGCUGGUCCUGGGCAUCCUGGCAGACAUGCGAUGGGUGAACAGCUUGUACCUGUAUGCCCUGACGCUGACAGGCACGGGCACAGCUCUGCUGCUCAUUCCUGUGUCGAAAAGCUACAUAGGUCUGCAAGUUUUAUCAGCCGCAGUUGGAUUUUUCUCAGGGAACUGGUCUCUCACAUCCUACAUCACUACCAAGAUAGUGGGCAUUGAACGACUCAGCCAGGCUCACGGCAUUCUCAUGUGCUUCGGGGGGUUUGGAAUCACCCUCGGGCCACCUGUCGUAGGUUGGUUUUUCGACUGGACUCAGUCAUAUGACUUGGCAUUUUACUUCAGUGGCACUUGUGUUUUAGUGUCUGGAAUUUUUCUGUUCUUGUUCUGUUCCACUCUGCCUUGCUGGAACGGGACGUCAGAGGAGGGAAAUUCCCCUACAGAAGAGGACAUCAACACUUCUCGACAGCCCACUCUUGAUUGUGACAAAGUAGCUUCUGUGGCUUGAACAAUCUCUCAAAGGUCUAAAAACGACCUUGGUCUUAACAUUCUGCUGAACAUGUAGAAGAUUGACUUCCUUUUCUUAUGGUUUUCUUAUCUGGUAUGGAUUUGACAGGGGACUUCUCAUGGUGCCAAACAUUUUCUUUUGUUCAAAGCAAUACAUUUUUGUAUAUCUCCCACAAACCCUGUCAUUUUGAGAGGGUGUAUUCAUUUUUCUUAGAUGCUUUUAAGACUGCCUCUUUUUUAGGCUUAUAUAUAGCAGAAGUUGUUUGCUAGUAGCAUAAGUUGAUUGUUUACUGAACACAGAUUCUGUUUUUUGUAGAUCUUGAUCACUUGAAUUGUGUUACUUUACUCUCCAAGAUGAAUGGUCUCACCGUGUUGGAUGUGGACAUCAUCAACCUAUGAAGAUACAUGCUAGCAUCAAUGAGAACAUUUGUCACUGAAAGCUGCAGAGAGAUAUAAUGUGUGAAUGGAGUUUUUACUGCACUUACCAUGAAAAACAUUUUAAAAAUCCAUAUCCAAAGAUUUAUUUAGUUAUUUCUGGAAUAACAAGGACUUUGAAAUAGUAACUGCACAUUAUCUUCCUGUUUUUGUUUUGUGUUUUUGUUUUACAAGAGUCUCCUUCACACAGGGCCAUCCUUAAGGGGCUGUAACUGUUGCAGCCGCACUGGACCCUGCACUUGAGGGGGCCCUGCCUUCACAUUAUCUUCUUUUUUUUGUCUGCAAUACCAAAGUGACAACAAAUUGAAUUUAAUUGGUAGAGAGAAGCCUUAUUUUGAAAUUGUCUUACUUUAGCCACAUUUGAUUUUAAGACAUACCUCAGCAUGUUCUGCAUCUCUAAUCGGUAGCAAUGUAGAAAUAUCUGAAUAUGCUGAAGUCCAUAAAAAAAACAAAAAAAAAAAAGAGACAGAAUUUGAUUCUGUGAUUAAUGUAUGUGUAUGUCUGCGCCAGGUAAUAUGGUAAUCCUUCACAGUUUUUUAACAGGCUGGUCCCUGACAACACUAUAUAUUUUAUUACUGUAUAUGUGAGAUGCCAGUGUCAAUAUUUCACGUCAGUAUAUGUUGUAGAACCUUAAUAUAUUAUGUAUAAAUAUUUGCAAAUGAAUGUUAAGAAAAUGCCACUACACUUUUGACCAAAGACUUGCUUUGUGUCUUGAGUAAACCUUUGACUGGGUGCAAAAUAAUUCUGUAUAAAAUGUAACAUUGUCCCCCAAUAUCAUAUAUCUGUCGUUACUUUAUUGCAGUGAGUCUGUUUUAUACAAUACUGUUAGGUAAUUUUUAGGUAAAAGUGACAAUAAAAAGAAUUUAUGACAAACA